AUUAAAUGUGAAUACAUGGAAAUAAACGUCAGGCCUUCUUCAACAUUAUACGCAUAGAAAAUGUGAAGACUGGAACUAAUAUGUACCAUUAUAUUAUUGCGUAUGGAUUAGUAUUAUCUCCAAAUGAUUAAUUUAUAAAAGUAUAUUGUUUACAAAUAUUUAGGUAUUUGUAUAAUAUAUUCUUGCGCAUUUGAUAUAUAUUAAGUAUGAAAUUGUCCAUUUAACAAUUAGAAAUAUAGUAUCAAGAACUAUUAAGUUUAAUGCAUAAGUAUCAAAGAGCACAUAUAUUUUGUGAUCAGAAGAGUAAAAGAAUUUUUAAUCUGUACUAUUACACAUCAUAUACAAAAAAUGCAAUAGUAGUGCAAUUGUUUCUUUAUACAAAACACUGGAAGUACUUAAUGCAUAUUAUGCAUAAAUUUAAAGCUGUUGAGAAUAUAUAAUUCUUCCAAAACGUGGUUACUUGUUAAGUUUUAGAUACAUACAUUGAAAGUCAGUUAACCAUGACUGAUAUCACCACUCAAGAUCUACAACAAUUAGUUAUCUACUUCUCUAAGAAUACUUAUAAGGCUAAGGAUGCGGAUAGCGAAAGUCAAGCCAUUAUGCAACGAUGCCUGCUUCUUAGCGACUUAGAUUAUACUCAUUCGAUAAUAAAUAACAGUGGAGGUGAUCUAAGUGCACAUUACCCAAGUCAUCUUAUUAUAUUAGAAUAUGAAAAAUCCAGAAAUCCCACUACAUGCGAUACACCACCACCACUGCCACGCACAACAGAGACUAUAUAUGAAAGCAUGUAUGAUCCUAUUAAACUAAAGGAAUUAAUAAAAAGCGCUAGAUUUGCUAGAUGUCGUUCAAGAUUUCCACUGCCUGUAAUACUUUACAAGGGUAGACAUGUAUGCAGAUCGGCAACAUUAUCUGGUGGACCAGAAAUUUAUGGUAGAUCGGGAUUAGACUAUUUGUUUGCAAGUAACGAAGGUGUAGUUUCUGUCCACGAGCAAGUAGAUGAAGCAUGCGGGGGAGACUCAAGGCUUAGCGAUUGGCAACUAUUUGACAAAGUUAGACAUCAAGACAUAAAACUUUUGAAGACUCUUAAUGUAGGAACCAUCAUCGAUUUAAUGGUAGAAAAGAAGAAAGUCAAAUUUGGAAUGAACGUAACUUCUUCAGAGAAGGUAGACAAAGAGAAGAGGUAUGCUGAUUUCGCCCUUAUUUCCUUGCCAUAUCCUGGGUGUGAGUUCUUCAAAGAAUUUCGAGAGAACGAUUAUUGCGCCAAGGGUUUAGUGUUUGAUUGGUCUCAGACUUAUGUGGAUGCACAAAUUGGUAUACCUGAAGAUUCAAUUUCUUGUCAGUUUCGAAUAAAUUGGGAACAAUAUCAAGUUUGGGAUCUUAUAAAACUAACUCAAAAUUAUUUAAAACUUAUUUUGAGGUAUUUGAGCGAUAGUAGUAGCGGAAUGCUGAUACAUUGUAUUUCAGGCUGGGAUAGAACUCCUUUAUAUAUCUCAUUAUUGAGAAUUAGUUUAUGGGCCGAUGGUGCUAUACACACAUCGUUGGAUGCGUACCAAAUUCUUUAUUAUACAAUAGCAUAUGAUUGGAUGCUUUUUGGACAUGAUUUGCAAGAUAGAUUAAGUAAAGGAGAAGAAAUCUUUUUUUUCUGUUUCUUUUUUCUGAAGUAUAUUCAUGAUGAAGAUUUCAGUAUCAAUCGUCAUAACCGUUCUAAGCAUCCUGUUUUACGUAAUGACAGUGAUUCACAGUUGGAUAAUGUAAUGUUUGAUAAUGAAUCUAUCGUAACUCUCAGUUCAGUCAGUUCCAACUUAAGUCUGAAUAGUUGGUGUAGUUCUGUUAGUCAGAAUAGUAGGGAUAGUCAGGAUAAUAAUCCACCAGCUGUGUUUCAAUGUGCCUCUGGAGACAACAGUCAGGAAGAAUAUCAUAGUAAUGGAAAUGUUGUACAAUUUGCAUUUUACCAUUCUCCAAAUAAAGAAGCACACGGAUCUCGAUCCCCUCUUCCUCCUAACAGAACAUCUCCAGUUGCUGUACCUGUACCAGGUCGUCUUCGACAACGAAAUGAAUCGUCUUCUUCUGGUGGUUCAUGGCAAAUGAUAUCUGGAACUGGAAGUUUACGCGGUUCGACAACUGCCAAUGCACCUAUUGCAGAUGCAUUAACUUCUUCUAACUUGGCUUGCAGAAAUUUGUGUGAAACUUUUGGACAUACAUCACAAGAAUCUAGUACAACUAUAAUAGAAGAUGAAGCAUGCUCGUCGUCACCAGUACAAACUCGCAAAGAUAGACUGCAGUGUUUAAGAACAAUAUUUUAUAGUGCUUAUAAACAUACUGGAUUCCGUAUGAAAGAUAAUUCUGAACCAGGAGGUUUAGGUCAAAUAAUCGGCAAUUUUGCAGAGAAAAUUCAUUAAAUAUACUAUUCUUUGGGGUGGAACAUUUUCUCUACAAAAGGGACAUUGUGGUUUAUUACGCAACCAGUUACUAAUGCAAGGCCAACAAAAUGUGUGACCACAGGGAGUUGCAGUUGUUGAUAUUGCUUCGGUACACAAUUGACAGUUUUUAUGAACAUCUGUUUCUGCUAAUUUUAUAAGUUCUUCGUUAUCCUUUUGCUGCGAUUCAUUUUGCCAUAUUCUUAAUACAGUUUGCAUUAAAGUUAUAAUACCAAGUAGCCUUAAACCCCAGCUAACUUUGUCCACUGAUGAACUACCAUAAACCUUAGAAAUUAAUAAGUCAUCAAAAUAUAUUAAAUAGUUAUUCAUUCGUAUUUAAUAUUAUAAUAAUAUAAUAUAAUAUAAUAUAUUUUGAAAAAAAAAAUUUACCUUUGCAUAAUCUAUUUUAGUUAAUCUUUUACCUAAACUAUUAUAUCUACCAGAGAUAUAAAAGAAACCUUUAUGAAUUAAUACAAGUAGAGGUAUUAUUGACUGUAAUCUUGUUAAAAUCAAAUUAAACAAUUUAAUCGACUGCUCUGUUAAUUGAUUACGAGGAUCAUUAAUAUAUCUUUGUAAUACACCCAAUUCUUUUAAUAAUAUUCUUUCCCCAAAAUAUUCAAGAAUCAUACUUAUAAUCCUUGCCUAAAUAAGAAAGAAAGAAAGAUAAUUAAUUAAAUAUCUUAUUAAAUAAAUCUUCUUUAAUAAAGAUUAAUUCAUAUCUUAUUAGAAUAUAUACAUUUAAAGAUGGAACGGUAUAAUUUUUAAUAUUAGCUUGUACGAUCCCAGUAUAUUCUUCGCCUAAAGUUUGAUUGCCCAUUCCUGACGUGAAAAGAAAAUAUAUCAAUCUAGCUGGGAUAUCAGAAAUUACAUAUUUAGAUAAGGUUCUAUAAUUCUUAAAGCCAUGUAAUAAAUUGUAAAUCUUUUCUUGUAAUGAUGAUAUAAAAUCCAUAUCCCUUUGAUGAGACCUAAGUAUUUCUGCUUGAUUGGCAUAUUUUAAUGUUUUUUUUUUAUGAUAUUUUGAUAUAUCCUGAUCUUCCCGAAUAUCCAUUGUAUUUAUUAACCUGUAUAAAUGA